AUGGCGGGGAGCUCAGAGUUACGAAACAAUGGGCACAUCGAAAAGUGCUAUUCCAAACAUAAAGACAAAAUUAGCGACAUCAGUACAACUCGUGGUUACGGACGAACAAGUGUAGUUCUUCGAGCAUGGUUGGCUGACCACCGGGAUCAUCCAUACCCUACCAGAGCACAGAAAACAGCUCUGGCAUUGGCAACUAACCUUUCACUCUCUCAGGUCUCAACUUGGUUCGCUAAUGCCAGACGUCGACUGAAAAAGGAGACUGAAAUUAGGUAA